CAUGGAUACUGCUGGCCAUAGCCUUGUCCUCCUGCAACAGUUGAAUAUGCAGAGGGAAUUUGGUUUUCUCUGUGAUUGCACAGUGGCCAUUGGAGAUGUUUACUUCAAAGCUCAUCGAGCUGUCCUUGCUGCUUUUUCUAACUAUUUCAAAAUGAUAUUUAUUCACCAGACCAGUGAAUGCAUAAAAAUACAACCAACUGACAUCCAACCUGAUAUAUUCAGCUAUUUGUUGCACAUUAUGUACACUGGGAAAGGGCCAAAGCAAACUGUGGAUCAUGGCCGUUUGGAAGAAGGGAUUCGAUUUCUUCACGCAGACUACCUUUCUCACAUUGCCACAGAAAUGAACCAAGUAUUUUCUCCAGAGACUGUGCAGUCUUCAAAUUUGUAUGGGAUUCAAAUCUCAACCACACAAAAAGCCACAACCAAGGAAGGGCUAGAGAUGAAAGAAAACCCUUCCAAUAGCAAUGGAAGCAGAAGCGUUGCCCAGGGUGACCACCCGCAGUUACAACUCUCUCUUGCUAUUGGGCUAGAUGAUGGCACUCCGGACCAGCAGAUAUCUCAUGCUUCUUCCCAGUCACUGGAGGAGCUCCAGAAGCCUCCAGUAUCUAUCAAGCAAGAAAGGUGCGACCCUGAAUCUGUCGUCUCUCAGAGCCACCCCUCACCUUCAGAGGUGACGGGCCCAACUUUUACUGAAAGUGGAGUCAAAAUUCACUUGUGCCAUUACUGUGGAGAACGCUUUGAUUCACGGAAUAACUUACGAGAACAUCUCCACACGCACGUGUCUGGGUCCCUUCCUUUUGGUGUCCCAGCCUCCAUCCUAGAAAGUAAUGACCUUGGGGAAGUACAUCCAAUCAGUGAAAGCAGCGAGGCUAUCAGUGAGUGCCACCGGCUCAACACCUUCCUUGUUAAAGAAAAUGAGCCGCAGCCUGACCACUCAAACCGGGGCACCAUCGAACCAUUACAGAUCAGUCAGCUGUCUCUGAUCUCUAAAGACACAGAACCAGUGGAAUUAAACUGUAACUUUUCUUUCUCGAGAAAAAGAAAAAUCAGCUGUACUGUCUGUGGUCAUAAGUUUCUCCGGAAGAGCCAGUUGCUGGAGCACAUGUACACGCACAAAGGUAAACCUUAUAGAUCUAACCGGUGUCGAGGUUUUGGUAAUGCAGUGGCCCACAGAUUUCAGCCAUAUUGUAACAGCUGGUCUGAGGGCCCUUUGAAAAGUUCUAGUUUGUCUCAAGAUCAUUUAGGUUCAUCAUGUACUUUAGGAUCCGAUCUCACGCAAGAAAAUGUGGAUACCAUCCUCGUAGAGUAGCUAUUUUCCCCUUAAAACAGCAACGUUAGUUUUGAAAACAAGGGGAAAAAUUAUAUAAUAAUUUUUUUUUGCAAUUCCAACCUCCCAGCCCCUUUCAGUAUUACUAGAUUGUUCACUCUGUCAUCCAAGAUUUAAAAAGCCAACAGAUUUCAUUUCUGAUGUGGUUAAUUUGAAAUCACCAUUGUCCUUGAUAGCAAUACAACAAUGAAAUGACCGAUUUAAAGACAAACUUUCCGUUAAUUAACUAAAUAAUUCUUUAGAAAUCAACUAAAAUAGUCAAACAGAAUUCAGGAAUUUGUUUAUAGUGGAUCAUUUAAGUUAUUCUAGAGUGUAGAGCUUUAAAAAUCGUCCUGUGGAGUUUGAAGUUAUGUCAUAAAAGGGUAUUCCAGAGCCUCACUAUUGCUUAAUAUCUCAUGUAAAUCACAGCUCUACAAAGAAGAUUCCAUAGUGUUGUCAUUAUAUAGAAAAUAAGUAAUUGUUAAAUAAACAUGCUACACAUACAAUAUCAGAAUUGGGUACUGAAGCAUAUUAGUUAGGAGUAUGGUUUCAAAAUUACUUUUCAAAACUCCCAAUCCUAAAAUAUAAUGACAUGAAUUAUAACGAUUAAAGCGUAAUAAAUGUAGAGCCAUCUUCCCUUUGUCUCAAAAUAGUCAUCCACACAACAAAGAUAAUACUAAUUUUUAAAAAUAGUUUUUCAGUUUACCAUUUAUUUUGUCCUAACAUUAAGGAAUUAAAUUCAGUAUUCCAAGACCAUGUCUAAAACCUAUGGUACUACCUUCCCAUUUGUAAGUUUAAUGUGACUCCUAAUUUCUAAUAGUCUUCCCAAGACUGAGACAAAACUGACAUUGUCAGAGGGGGAUGAUUCAGUUUGCUACUCUGACUAGUCUCGUAGACUUCAGUUAUUAGAAUGCCAAAGGAUAAAGUCUAUAGUUAACUUAUUUUUUCUAUUUUUAAAAUAUGUUAAAAUGCUCAGAAUUCCAAAACAACCAAAGGUUGCUGGUAGUGACUUGUGAUUAAAACUGAAAUAGAAGAAAAUAAUAGAUUUGUUUAAGCUUAUUUAUUGCAUAGUGUUGUUCCCUGAGUGGACCAUGACACUUGCCUACCUUUCAGUAGGGAGUCACUUAAUAAAACUAUUCCAACUAGUACUGACAAAGAUGAUUUUUCAGGGAAAGCAUUUAAGUUUAAGGGAAUAAGCUUUUUCUGAAUUCUAAUUAAAAGAAGGCAAGAGUCUACUGAUUUUUUGGGGGUCAGGGUUGAUACAUAGGGAACCACAGCUGAAUGUCUCUUUCUGGAGAGUUGUGGUGGGAUUGCUCUUUGGGGGAUGAAACAAAGUAAAUUAAUCUUUAACUUUAUUCUUUCAUUCCAGUCUGGCCUCAGGCCACAACUGGCCACAUUUGGUCACAAGUGUAUUCAUAAUUUAUUUGCAAAUAAUUCAUACUUUAAAUUCAAAUGUUUAUGCUUCCCUUUAAGAAUGCAGUUUUCCUGUUUUUUCCCUUUAAUUCUUCCCCCUAUCGUUGGUAUAGGUCACUGAAUAGGAAGUAGAUAGUUAAACAGUGGGCAUUAGGUAGAUUAGUCUUAUGUGUUGUUGGGCAUAGGGCCAGGGGCCCCCAAGCAAUCUCAGAUUGAAGAACAUUGAUUUAAAGACGUUCAUUCUGAUUUGUUUGGACAGUUUAAAAAAAUAGUGGUUGACUAAAAUGCAAAAUAAGUCUAUAUGUAUGGUCUUUCCUUAAUCCUCAUACUAUCUCUCUGUUUUAGGAAGUGGAAAAGCACUACUAACUCCAUUUUACAGAAAAAACUCUAAAACCUGAAUCCCAGAGGUCAAGUGGUGGUGGUGUGGGGACUGAACCCAACCUUCAUUUGUUCGUUUAUUCAUACAUACAUACAUACAUACAUACAUACAUACAUACAUACAUACAUUCGUUUAGUGAACUUUUGUUAAAGCACCUUCUGUGUGCCUCACACGAUGUUCUAAGUCUGGUGUUAUUAUAAUAGACACAAAGACUGGCAAAAAAAAAAGGGUGUUUUUUUAAAAAAAUCAGUGAAAUAAUUGGGGACUUCAUUUUGUCUUCUUUCACUUAAGGGUGCAAUAUCAACCAAUGGCAUAGGGACGUAGUGCGAAUCAAUUCAGAAAUGAAUUUGGAGUUCUUCAAAAUACAUAGUGCUAUAUAAACUGGGGUUUUUGGCCUAUAAUUCAUCAGCAUAGGAAACUCCACUGAAUUCAGAUCAGUAACUGGUCUGUGACUUACUUAGAACCUUUGAGGGUUGCCCAUGGUCAUAGACAAUAAGUGUCAGAGUCCGGGUUUGAACCUCGGUCUGCCUAAUUCCAAGGCUUUCUGACUAUCCAUUCUGCCACUCUGGUAAUAAGCAUUGCCACAUUAUUAAACAAAUACAAUACACAGAUGUCCUUUAUGAAUCAUCUUUAGAAAUCUCCCCUGUCACUUUCCAGACCUUAAGUAUAGUGGGUUCCUUGUCUUGCAUUUACCAUCUGCUAGCUCACAUGUGACAGCUGUGGACCCAAGCAGAUUCCAGAAAAAUGCUGUAUUUUUCAAAGAUGUUGGUUAUGAUGUAACAAUAUUUUUUAAAAAAUCAGGUAGACUGUGUCUGAUUGUUGUUAUGGAUUGGUCAGUAUUCAGAGAAAGUUAAUUUUGUCUGCCUUACAAGGAUUGAGAACUCCCUGAUUUAUAAUUCUCCAGAUUAUUAUUUCUUGCUCUGAUCUUCUGUUUUCCUGUCCUUAAAAAUUACCAGAGAAAUGCCUACUUCACAGGUAUUGUGAGGAUUAAUUGUGAAACUGUCAAAAUGCUCAAUCUUCCUAGUCCCACAUGCAGGAGACUUGCUGUUGCUUUUCCUCUAUUCUAGCUAAACAUGGAACUUCACUAUUUCAGGCCUUAGAAACAUGGAAAUCCUCUAGCUUGUUAAAAACUUCCCCUUAUGAGGCAUCAAAGUUGAGUGAAUGCCUAAAAUCCAAGUCUUAGGAUAUGAUAUCAUAUGAAUGUGAACUUUAAAUAUGUGCUAGCACCACUAAAAACCAGCUAAUUUCAGCUUCAUACCCUGUGAAAACACAUUGAACAAUAAGGGAAUAGCCCUUUAUUUUCUAGGGAAUACAAACAGAAAAGGGAAAAAAGGAUGAUGAAACAUAGCAGUUCAUGUCCUUUUUUAUCCAUGCUAUUGUAAGUAAGACCUCAAACAAGGUUAAAGGAAUGGGAUGGUACAAUUUCAGUAUAAAAAAGCCUUUUUGCUUAGGCAAGUUCUUGAUGUUGAAACUGAAGACUUGAGUGUCAUUUUUGUAGUAAUUUAGAUGAAAAUACAGGCUGUGUGGAGAGUACAAAAAACCCCACCUAGUUUAGUCUUUGCGUCUUUGUAUGUUUUAAACUGUAAAUGUAGCUAUAUAGUAUUUUCUUACGACCAUUGACUUUAAAAUUCUUCAUACCAAAAUCCAUAAAUGAUUAUUCUGUGAUAUAAAUCUGUGUUGUACAGUUGGACUUUAUGGGGGAAUUGUGAUGAGGUUAUCAACCUUUCUCCCCAACCCACCUCUCCCAAGAUAGAAUCUUUUAGGUACCAGAAAAGUCAAGCCCAUGAUUUUUCAAGUCUAGGAGGAGCCAAUCUAUUGUGCUUUACACGGUAUGUGUCUAUGAUGCACCUUGUACACCUAGGCUGAUGCUCAUCCAACUACAUUUUUUUCCUGUUACUGACUCAUCUCUGUUGUGUGCCUACUGUUUUGUCAGGUAGAUAAAAUAUCAACUGGAGGCAUUUUUAAAAAUAUUUGGAUUGUAAAACUUGCAUAGUUUAAAAAAAUAAAGCCCCCAUAAGAGACCUUUCAAGGGACAGGUAAUACAUAGAACAUAGAGCAGACCAGUGCCAGUAAUAAAUACACUGUAUUAUUGCAUGACAGAGUUAUGCAGUUCAAUUUAUAAUGAAUUUAAAAUGUUUAGAAUACCUGUUCCUUUAAAAAUAAAACUCAUCUUUUGAUUGCAAUGGAAGUGAUUGCAUUUUUGUGUAUUUUAUCAAGAAAAAAUAAAUUUGUGUGACAAUAU